UCUUUCCCUCCCUCCUCCCCUCCCCUUCCUCCUCCUCCCCCUUCCCCCGACAGCGCAGCCGGGGCUCGGGCUCGCUCCCUUCCCCCCCUUCCCUCCCCUGGAGCUGCCGGGACCUGGAGCGAGGCGCCGCCUCCGCCGCCGCACACGGAGACAUGUACCCGGGAGCCCCCUCCGCCGGACCCGUGCUUGCACCUCCUCCACCGUUGCCACCACCAAUCCAGGGAUAUGCCUUUAAACCCCCUCCUCGACCAGAUUUUGGCACUUCUGGGCGAACAAUCAAACUGCAAGCCAACUUCUUUGAAAUGGACAUUCCUAAAAUAGAUAUCUACCAUUACGAAUUGGAUAUAAAGCCAGAAAAAUGUCCUAGAAGAGUUAACAGAGAAAUAGUGGAGCAUAUGGUUCAGCACUUUAAAACCCAGAUUUUUGGGGAUCGCAAACCGGUGUUUGAUGGAAGAAAAAACCUUUACACAGCUAUGCCGCUUCCCAUUGGGAGAGAUAAACAGGUGGAGCUGGAGGUCACGCUGCCAGGAGAAGGAAAGGACAGGAUAUUUAAGGUGGCCAUAAAAUGGAUGUCCUGCGUGAGUCUGCAGGCUUUACACGACGCUCUUUCUGGUCGGCUGCCGAGUGUCCCGUUUGAAACCAUCCAGGCACUGGACGUGGUGAUGAGGCACUUGCCUUCCAUGAGAUAUACUCCUGUGGGGCGAUCUUUCUUUACAGCUUCAGAAGGGUGCUCAAAUCCAUUGGGUGGUGGCAGAGAAGUUUGGUUUGGCUUCCAUCAAUCAGUCAGACCUUCCUUAUGGAAAAUGAUGUUGAAUAUUGAUGUGUCUGCAACUGCGUUUUACAAAGCACAGCCAGUUAUCGAGUUUGUAUGUGAAGUUUUGGACUUCAAAAGCAUUGAAGAACAACAAAAACCUCUGACAGAUUCCCAAAGGGUAAAGUUUACCAAAGAAAUAAAAGGUCUGAAGGUGGAGAUAACACACUGUGGACAAAUGAAGAGAAAGUACAGAGUGUGCAAUGUCACCCGACGACCAGCAAGUCACCAAACAUUCCCGCUUCAACAGGAGAACGGACAGACAGUUGAAUGCACUGUAGCUCAGUAUUUUAAAGACAGGCACAAAUUAGUUUUACGCUACCCUCACCUUCCGUGUUUACAAGUUGGGCAGGAGCAGAAACACACGUACCUUCCUCUCGAGGUGUGCAACAUAGUGGCGGGACAAAGAUGCAUCAAGAAACUCACUGACAAUCAAACUUCCACUAUGAUUCGAGCAACCGCCAGAUCAGCGCCUGACCGCCAAGAGGAGAUUAGCAAAUUGAUGCGGAGCGCGAGUUUUAAUACCGACCCCUAUGUUCGUGAGUUCGGAAUAAUGGUCAAAGAUGAAAUGACGGAUGUGACGGGUCGAGUCCUGCAGCCUCCGUCCAUCCUCUACGGAGGCCGGAACAAAGCAAUUGCCACACCAGUUCAAGGAGUCUGGGACAUGAGGAAUAAGCAGUUUCACACUGGAAUUGAAAUCAAGGUUUGGGCGAUCGCGUGCUUUGCUCCUCAGCGCCAGUGCACUGAAGUUCAUCUGAAGACCUUUACAGAACAACUGCGGAAGAUUUCCAGAGACGCGGGAAUGCCCAUCCAGGGCCAGCCGUGUUUCUGUAAAUACGCACAGGGGGCCGACAGCGUGGAGCCCAUGUUCAGGCACCUCAAGAACACUUACACCGGCCUGCAGCUCGUCGUGGUCAUUUUGCCAGGGAAAACACCCGUCUAUGCGGAGGUGAAGCGCGUUGGCGACACGGUGCUGGGAAUGGCCACGCAGUGUGUUCAGAUGAAAAACGUGCAGAGAACAACACCCCAAACACUUUCCAACCUUUGCCUAAAAAUAAAUGUCAAAUUAGGAGGCGUAAAUAACAUUUUGCUGCCACAGGGAAGGCCACCAGUAUUCCAACAGCCCGUCAUAUUCCUGGGUGCGGACGUAACUCACCCGCCAGCUGGAGAUGGAAAAAAGCCUUCGAUCGCUGCGGUUGUAGGGAGCAUGGACGCUCAUCCGAAUCGCUACUGCGCCACCGUGCGCGUCCAGCAGCACCGCCAAGAGAUCAUCCAGGAUCUGGCCGCCAUGGUCAGGGAGCUGCUCAUUCAGUUCUACAAAUCCACGAGAUUUAAACCAACUCGCAUCAUCUUCUACAGAGACGGCGUCUCCGAGGGGCAGUUCCAGCAGGUUCUUCAUCAUGAAUUGUUGGCCAUCAGAGAAGCCUGCAUUAAACUGGAAAAGGAUUACCAGCCUGGAAUUACAUUCAUAGUCGUGCAGAAAAGGCAUCACACCAGACUCUUCUGUACGGAUAAAAAUGAACGGGUUGGAAAAAGCGGCAACAUUCCAGCUGGUACCACAGUGGACACAAAAAUCACCCAUCCCUCAGAGUUCGACUUUUACCUGUGUAGUCACGCUGGUAUUCAGGGAACAAGCAGACCUUCUCACUACCACGUCCUCUGGGAUGACAAUCGUUUCUCUUCGGAUGAGCUGCAGAUUCUCACUUACCAGCUGUGUCAUACGUACGUACGCUGCACUCGGUCCGUUUCCAUCCCCGCGCCGGCCUAUUACGCGCACCUGGUCGCCUUCAGAGCCAGGUACCAUCUGGUGGAUAAAGAACACGAUAGCGCUGAAGGCAGCCACACGUCCGGCCAGAGCAACGGCAGAGACCACCAAGCACUUGCUAAAGCAGUUCAGGUUCACCAGGACACGUUGCGCACUAUGUACUUCGCUUGACAUGUUUUAAUGUUCGGCGACUCCGUACGACACAGAGUUGGAUUCACACGAGACCAGCUGCACUUAGACCAACGUUGAGUGAUGAUGCAUCUUCCGAUUUGAUUCGCUUUCCCAUUUGCGAGAAAGCCUUCCGUCCAGAAUUUCACGCUCGAUUCGAAACCGCGUUCUUGUACCAAACCCCGCUGUUUCUGGACAUGUGGUUUGCCAAAAAUCUCUGAGCUGCUCGGUAUAAAACAGACCCAUAUUUUAUAAUUCAAUCAAGAGCUGUGAUCUCAGGGCUUAGGGAAAAAAACAACCCAACCCACAAAAUUCCUCAUUCAGUUUGUUAUUCAUCCAAUUGCUUUUAAUGAGUCAGAAAGAUCUAAUUCAUAUUAACGUUUGAUGGGCUAAAAUGCUGCGGAUCAGCUUUUAAUACAAAGCAAAGCGUUUUUAGACUAUUUACAAAGCCUCGAUUAUUCUAGAUGCAUUUACAAAACCUUUAUUUUCAAAAGCAAAGAGUGGCAAAAUUCUGGUUUUCAGCUGUCUUAUAAAGAUUAUUCUCUGUGUGUCUAAGGGCAAAUGUAUUUUCUGAAGCUUGUUCUUGAAUGUUUUUUAUUGUGCUGCAUUUGAAAAUGUUUUUCAUAGACUAAAGAAUUUAAACAAACAAAAAAAAUGAACUUGUACCUUCAGCUUUCAAUAGGUCCAGUUCAAUUGGCAAAAGAAAAGGUGCCAUUUAAUUAAAAACACAAUGUAAAGAGUUUUUUUAAAUCAUAGGGACAGCUAACUUUAGAAUUUGUCAUACAGGACUGUGACACUUACUUUCCAAAGUCUCUAAAGAAUACGGGUCUGUGGUGAUAAAUACAGUACAAUCCUUUUUUCACUGUUGGAGUUAAUGUAAAUUUUAUAUAUGUUUCACAGUAUUAAUGUGAUAGUCUAGAUGCUAUUAUUUAUUUUUAUUUACUAAGGAGUGCUCAUUAUACUUCUGUUCACAUAUCAAGAAUGCUUUGGAUUUAGAAAUCAAAACCUUCUCGUGGGGACAUGACUAUUCAACCGCAAAAAUAUGCAAUUGCCGAGUUACAUCCAGUGUCUGUUCUAGACCAGCAGAGCAGGCUUGACCUGCGCAGUCCGGAGACGCACACGAGACCAACACUCGACGUCCAUUCAAGCACAAAACAAUGGUAUUUUAUUUAUAUGGUGGGUAUCGGGGGAGCAGGAGCUCUGGGAGAGGAGCGUUCACUGUUUGUCAUUGAGACAGAACUCAGAGAAUCUAUGCAGUAAAGAGAAAUCUUAGAAAACUGAAGUUUACUUACGGAGGGAGGCGAAACUCUCUUCAUUAUGCAUAAGGUCAAUAGUAAAUGUGAGAGUUUUGACCUUCUCUUAGGAGAAGCAUUAAUUAAAACUGAUGACUAGUAGACAAACUCUUCUGUUAGUUUGCACACUGGGUUCAUAAAGAAAACAUAGUACACGCGUAAACCAUUGCACUAAUUACGAUGCCACAAGCAGCUUUAGAAGCAAAUGGAAAAAGCCCAGGAAACUUGUUGAUGCUGACUUGAUUGUGUUUGUUUUCCAUAGUAUAACGGAAAUACCGUUUUUAAAAUCCCAUUCUCUUCCGCUGAUUCGUUUCGCUUCACCUUUUCUCUUGGCAGAUGCUCGGUCGGUGUUUUAACUACAUUUACCUCUAGCCAGUGAGAUGGGCGAGUAGCUUUAACCAGUACCGAGGUCUGUGCCGUGUCGCGGAUAAACCACAACCAGCUGCUGUCAAAUAAGCUAAAAAAUGCCCAACCUUUGCUGCGUAAAGUGUUUUAGGUACAUACAUACAAGAUCUUCACCCUGUAGCAGUGCGGUGGUUGUCGGUGUAUAGAUGAAAUAACAGCACAAACCCCGUUAAUUGUGUUUGUAUGAUUCUGAUUUGGUGGUUGUGCUGCUGGGUCAGGUUUUUCUUCUUGGUCGUAGUUCUGUAAAUCCAGAUUUUGAAGUUACGCUGGUAGAACAGAAAGCAAGUUGCAGGUUGCGUUUUCUACCUUUCUGUGUUUCGUACUUACCUCCCGUAACGUUCCCUACAGACCUUUCCCUGGUGGGUAUAUCGCAUUCCUCUGCGCGUUCGCUUGCGAGAUUUCAGUGAAGAUUUUGAAUUCGGCAGAGUUUUCUAGAAGAAUUAUUUUUUUAUAUGAAUUAUUCUUAACAAAUAGAAAAAAAACAAACUAUCAACCGUUUUAAGACACCGUUUAGUUUCUUUGCUCUUUGUUAUGCAGAGACCUCUUGGAUGUGAAAUCCAUCCUCCUCUUCCCUCUCUGCGCAGAUCGGGACUGAACGAUUUCUCCGAGGGUCAGAUGGGGCGAGGGGGGCGGAAUCUGUCUUGACCUCAAAUCUUAGUGCUGAAGCAGACUCUGGGACUUCACUCUUUCUUAUUUAGGGCAUGUUCUUGGGGCUGGAGUAGUUGUUGCGGCUUCUUUUUGGGAGGAAAGGAGUAUUUGGCAGACCCUGAAUCUAGAGCAGCUGUUGUCUGCGUGUCAUUGGAAUGAACAGGAAUUUCGAGUGGUUUCCUUCCCUGAGUGUGAAGAACUUGGGAUGGUUUUAUGCAUUUCAGGCUAGGGACGUUUUUACCUUUUAGAGACCUUCUUAAACCUCUGAUACCGCUGAUUAUUCAUGGCUUGAUUCCUCCCCAUUUCCUUCCCCGUAAGCAUUGAAUUAGUGGAUAAUUUAAAGCAUUUUCUAAAACAAAUAUAUUGACUAAAUAUAUCCUUUGAAAAGCAGCUAGCAGCUAUCUUUCUGGCAAUAUUUUGAAUAUAAAUGACGUAUUUUAAAAUGUCUCCUAUCCAAAAAAAAGCCACCAUGAACACCUAAAACCCUGUUUUUUUUAUCUUUCCCCCCUUUACCUCCCACUUGUCCUUCCAGAACAGCAAUAUCUCAGGUAAACUCAAAGCUCAAGACGUCUCUUAUCUCACACACAUUCCUGCUGUCGAAGUCGUGGUUAUAACCACUAUGUCUCUAUGCAGCUCAGGUCAGCAAUAACCAAAUGCACGUUACGCUCCGGUAGUUCUUUUUUAACUUAUAUUUCGUUUUUCAGCCCGUGCGAAGGAGUUCUCUGACUCCUGUUGCAAAAACAACAGCGCAAAAACCUCACCCCUUCCGUUCCUCUUGCUCUUCGUUGUGUCCCUUCGCUCAAACGCCACCAUCGGCGCAGUCGAUCCUGGUGCUGAGCAACCUGAAAACUCACAAGAGACAAGAAGAUCUCAUUCCCGUCACAGGCGCGGUGGUCAAACUGACCACCGUUGGUAUUUUACAGUAUUUCUAUCGUUUUAAAGGAGAGAUGAACAGAUAUUAAGGAGGAAAUGUCAAUAUAACACGUCCAGUCCACCUCUUGUAGAGUUGAGUCAAUCCUGUCGUGAAAUGCUGGAAUUAGGUGGAUUUGUCUCUGCCUUAUUGGAGUUUUUGGCGUUGGAGAGAGAGCCCUAUGCAACCUCAACACUUAUAGUUUGUAUAUAUGCACUGAUGUACAGAGUGAGAUCACUCGUCUUUAUUAGAACUUGCUUUGGGUUAGAAUAUUUCUGCAACCGUCUUGAGUUACAGUCCGUGCUCUUCCGUGUUACAGAAGCUCUGGUGUGUUCAUCUUGUUUCUACAUCUGUCAGGUUUGGGGUGAGCGACAAAGGUGUCGCGGCUUAAUCUGCUGGAGCCAGCGUGAAAAAUGGACAGGCAACUAUUGUGCUUAAACAAGGAAUCUGUCAUCAGUAUUUCUGAUCUUCGCCCAGGCAAAAAGGUUGUGAAGGUUUAGCUUUAAUACUGACUCCCUCAAUGACUCCCGCAGCCUUUCUCCGUUCUUACGUUGCGUUCAGCUGUUGUCGAUCAUUUGUAUAAUUAAGAGAGAGAAUUUCCAUGAGGAUUUUAAAUGGAAAUUGAGGUUUGUGUUGCUUUCCGAGAAGCCCGAAGUUUCUAAUCAAGUUAAUGCUUCUGAAGCUUCCAUCUAAAACCUCGCGUGUUUGUGCCCAAAGGUUUUCUAUUAAGUAGGAGAUUGUGGUUCUACAAGCUGCACUUAUUCCAAAUUACAACUACUAGAAAUGCAGGACUGGGACCUUUGGAGAUUUGGAUCGACACACUUGUCUCUUCAUAUAAUCCAGGGAGCAUCUCUGCUGGCACAGAUAACCCAUAAGGGACUAUUUGCUUUUCUCCUUAAAUAUCUAUUUUACGCAUUAAAGAAACGAAUGUAAAACACAAGUUCUCAUUCAGUAUUUCUCACGCUCGAUACCAGACUUUAUUUUCCAAUUCCUUUUAAUCCACUUCUACAGUAGCAUCUCUGUAUAUUUGUCCUGCCUGCUUUCUCAGUUUCUAAUGCAGGACUGUACGUUAUUUUUUACUUUUAUAUUACACUUGCUAACACGCUUCUCGAUGCAUACAUGCAGUCUUUUCUAAGGAAAACUUCAAAUAGAAGGUAAUUGCACUGAUUUAUUGUUUUUUUAAACUCCCUUUUUACUGUAAGACUUUUAUUUUGCAUCUGCUGUAGGUGUUUGAGAAUACUGUAAAUAGUGCUACGUAUAGCGAAUACUGAAGUGCUGUGGAUACCAUUCCUUGGCGGUGUAUUUUUCACAAUACUGCCGUAUUUUACAGUAUCGAGAGACGAGAUUUGGGGGUUAAACGUUAUUCUUUCUGUUUGCGUUAUGCUACAAAUCCAAGGGCACAGUUGCUUUAUUACGGCGGAAAUAUUUAGGGUUCAUCUGCAUUUAUAAGAUAUUUCUUCCUUCUCCGCGCGUAUUAUUCCCACGCCAUAAAAAUACAGUUUUUCAGCUGCCAAUGUGCAACAUUCAGAUGCCGAUUUUUUAUAUAAUCGAUAAAUAAUAGAGAUAACGUAAUAUCUGGACUAUCAACUGCAGCUGUCGCGUUUUCCGCAAUCCUUCCAGCGUUUUAUUCUUGUGUUGUAUGAAGAACUAGUGGGAUAAUGAAUUUGGGAUCCAGGUUCCAUGGUCUUGCUCUUGUUGAGUGCGGCGGAUGUUUUAGGGCUCUGGACUCAGCAAUAGUGUUGUUGCCCAUGAAAAGCCGUCGAUCUCCUGCCCGUCAAAAAAUGCCUUCAUUUUAAUUCUAUAACCCUCCAAAACAGGAAGGACCCAAAUUCCAGCCCCGUUGGGAUGCGAAACACCAGGUAUCACCUCCCGUUUCUGAGGGUUAACGGCUGGAUUUAUUCCUCCAAGGUGGUUUAAAUUGGAGGGAUACGUGGCGUGUGUGCUUGGCGUGGCGCAUCAUCCUUUUUAUCUCAUUUAAUGUGUUUCAGUUGCUUUCUUAGUGUUCUUUUUUUUGCCUGAAGCGUUAAUAUGAAUGUAACGGCUUGGCCAAAUCACUACAAAAGGUGAUUUUGUGAUAGUCUUGCAGGUGCAGUUCAAGGCUACCUCCCGUGUUCCUCCACAGAGAUAUUAAUCCUCCAAGUGAGCCAAAAUGCGCCGAACAAACUGUAUUCUUACCGUAUUGUUUCUAGUGGUGCCAUGAUUUGGGGCAGCCGCUCCUCGCUCCUUUUGUCUUCCCGUUGUGGCUCGUGUUGACCCAAAGUAUUCAGAGAAGACGCGGCAAAUGGCACGUUGGGCGCGUUGGCGUUUGCGUGACCCCCUCCGGACCCCGUUCCCCUCCGUGCUGUUGUUUCCCCAUGAAAAGUGAGUUUGCAGUUUAGCCGUUGGCCGAAAAAUGUCGCGCUUUGGACUGAGAAAUGACACGAAGUUGCUCGAAAUGGAUUUGGAACCCGAGGCAAAACGAUCUAUCAGAAUAUUUGGUUUUAAACGUCUUUUUUUUUUAGAUAAAUCGACGCGAGGCCGUAACAGGGAAAAUAGUACACUUGCAAAUCCAAACACCAAAAACAACCCCAAACCUUGAGCGUGUUCCUAUGGUGAAUAUUUAAUGUCAGUUAUGUCCAAUCAUUGGCCAUAACUUAAAUCAGUGCACGCAGACUAAAGGUGCUUUAAAUAACCUGCAAUGAAACUGUAGGAAACCGUGUUAAUACAUCACGUUUCGUUUACAACAAAGCCAAACGAGCUUCCUCAUGUUAUAAUUAACCACUCUGCUGACAGAAAUGCUCCAUUGAAGCGCAACGUGCUGGCGUGUGGCUUCCUUUCAGUUUUUUCUUAAUUUAAAAGUAACUGGGCUUAAGUUUGGGAUUAUAUACUAUAGUUUGUUAUCUUAAUCUUUGGGUAUAGACACUAAUGAGGUUUAUUGGAGGCAGUUGUGACUUUGUGGAAGCCAAUUAUUGAGUAGACACUAUUGCUGUGGCCAGGAUGAGAUGGAGCUGAGAUAAUGAGGUCAGGUGAAACAUUUUCAUACAAAGCUGCUAAUUAAGCGCUUGUUAAGGUGUUUAAUAAUUAUACUCUUGGUUUUCAACCACGGCAGACGCAUCUUAAAACAACCUGUGGCUGCUCUUCAACCGACCUACCUGUGUUGCUUCAAAAAGACCAAUAUUUGCAUUACAAAUGUUUAUUAGAGGGUGUAUUCAUUUUGACGUGGCUUUAAGAGUGCACAGAUUUAUUAUUAAUUAUUAUUAUUAUGAUUAUUAUUAUCCCUGCCACAUUUUGGAUGUGCUGCUGUUUUAAUUUUUAUGUCUUCCCCUCUUCUUUAUGCACAAAUGAAAUACCUGCUGGAAUAACUACAAUCUAAUUAGCAGGGAUUUACAGAUGCUACACUGCAACCAGCUUAGGAAUUAACCCCAAAAUACUAAUUUAAACCUUUUUGGCCAUUUUAUGGGGUUUUUUGAGUGUGCUUGGCAAGCAGGAAUUGCAGAAAGGUCAGUGAGCAAGACUGGGAGUUUGUAUUUGCUUUGUUAGAUUGGAUUUCCUACCAGAAAAACAAAACUACAUUUAAUAUGGACUCUGUUCUGUAUUUAUCAGCCUUUCUUUAAAUCUGCGAAGCUUCACUCACGCCGCUAUAUGGAAAAUGGCACGUUGGUGCUCACCAUGUACUUGCCCCGCAAUCUCAGCGAUUGACUCGUGCCCUGUGCGUAGGAUCAAACCCAUCGCGUCUCAACGCAGCAUCCAAAGAAAUUUCUUCCUAGAUUUCACCCAAGUUAAUUCUGUUUAUUAUAUAUAUUUAUAUAAACCUUAAUUUUGUUGGUCCUGAUAUGUUUUCUCAUGGAACGGAGCCCAUAAAUCGCUCAUCUUAUUUACAAACUUGGUAAUCCUGGUUUGGGGCAGUAGAAAUAAUUUGGGGGGGAAGGAUUAGCUAUUAUGUGCUUUUCUUUAAGGAGGUUUAUUUAAUAAUCACCAGUAGGCCAUUUGGGAAAGGAAGGGAUUUGUUUAGGGGGAAAAGAGGAAAAAAGUGAUAAGAAAUAGUUUAGAAAGGUGUAAGUUUCAGAAGUAUAAAUGGUGAAAAAUCAAAUUUUAGAUUGGGUACAAUGAGGACGUAUAUUUGGCAAAGUUAUGUGUUCUCCUGAGGAGAGGUACCACUUAUUUUCUGUGAUUUGUUGAUAAAUCUUAGUAGAUAUAUAUAUACAUAUAUAUAUAUAUAUAUAGAGAGAGAGAGAGAGAUCUAUCUAUCUAGAUAGAUAGAUAUCUAGAUGGAUAGAUAGAUCUCUAUCUAUCUAGAUAGAUAGAUAUCUAGAUAGAUAGAUUUCUCUCUCUACAUAUACAUAUAAUGUGUGUUUGUGUAUCCAUAUAUGUGUAUAUACACACACAUUGAUGAAAGGAAAGUGGGACAGUUUAUAGACUCUUUAUAAAAGAUAUAAAGGUGGCGUUUAUUGGGAAUAAUACGCACAAUUUCCCAGGUUUCCACAGUACUUCAUUAGUUUGUCACAAACCCUUCCAAAUUUCAGGCAGUUCAUAAAUCCAAGGUGCCCAUUUCUGUGCAGCAAAGUGGUUAACGUGAUGGAAAGCAGAAUGUAUUGAUUAAAUAAGUUAAGGGCCUCGAGUGGUACUAAACGCGUUUGUGUGCGUGUUGAGCUCUAUUAAAACGUCGUGCGCUCGCGAUACGAAAAGCAGACGCAGAAACACGCCGGGUGGAGUUUCCCACGCGUGGUGGGAUUUUCCCCGUGGGGUUUAAGCGCUGCUUUGUGGCUUUGCGUGAAUACGUGAGCCUUAAAUCGAGCCUUAAAACCAUGAGUUUGGCCCGUUUUUCUCGGAGGAUGCGAAAAAUCGUGGUUUAAUAAGAGGAGGGUGUUGCUGUAACGCUGAACUAGUUAAGAUUUUCUCACCUGAGAAAUGAAGGGAAACGCGUCGGUCUCUGUAGCGACUGACGGCUCGAGGCGCUGGCUCUUGCUCAAAUCUCAGCUUCUCUUUAUUAUUAUUAUUAUCAUUAUUAUUUGGUUGAGCGUAUUCUCCUCCCCCUCACUAAGAAACAUCCGCCUGAAGGAGGAUUGGGAUUAACACUUAGAAUUUCCACCCAAAAACCUGCUUUUGAGUUCAGAUAGUGCCAUUGUUCUCCACUUCUUCCGACUGACGUAAAAUCCUUAACAACAUUGGAAAUAGAGGCGAAUCGAGUGUUGCGGACCCAGCUUGCUUGCUUUUCAGUUCCUUUCCCAUUUGGAUCUACCUCAUUUAACCAGUUGGGUGCUAUUUCCUCGUAUUGACAUUGGCAAAAGCGACCAAACCGUGUGGAACGACCGGCGUCCGCGAACCAAAACCUCUGGCUUUAUUCUGCAGAGACACCGAUAUUGGAUUUGAGUUUGAUUCUUUGUGCCUUUGUGUUUUGUUUUGUUUCUCCCAGUGCGUAACAAUCAAAAGCCGUGUUGUAAUUAAAACCAGCAAAUGAAUUUUAACCGCAAAGUGAUAAAAAGAAAGAAAUUUAGCAAAUCUUAAAUAUUUUUCGGUGUAUCAAGUCGUAAAAUGUACAAUAUUACAGCAGAACUAGGCAAAGAGAAAUACCCAAUAAAUAUAUCAUCCCGACCCUUAAUAAAUACAUCUGUGUAUCUAUAUAUGCACACAUGUAAUACCCAAUAUUUGUGUGUGCAUAUCUAUAUAUAUAUAUAUAUAUAUAUAUAUAUAUAUAUAUAUAUAUAUAUAUAAAAAAUGAAGGGAUACACGUGUAAGGGUAAGGGAAUAAAACGUCACGGACUUUUCCACUGUUUUGUAUGUAACAGUUUACAACUCUGUGUAAGUUUUUCUACUACGUGAACCUUUUUUACUUACAAAGUUUCAGUUGUGAAAUGCUCUGAUUUUUUUGAAGUUUAAAAAAGAAAUAAAGACUUUUUACCAGUACCUAAUGCAGAAGGGGAAAUCUUGUUUUCUGUCAAAUUGUAUUUAGUUGAAAUACUAAAGGAAAAUAAUCUAUAUAUGGAGUCGUAUAAGCGCUGACAUUCUGUCGCGGCAGGAAUUCCUAAGGCUGCAGAGAGACUCGAACGAAAGGAAAACGCCUCUGGUCAAUGUUUUUAUAAACCAGCUCCAUCAGGUCUGGACUUACUUAAGCUCUAUUUUCUAAAGCCUGAUCAUCCUUUGAUAUGCUGCAGAGAAAUUAUCAGCAUGGUUGCACUUUCUCAAUAGUAACGGCCGCCCUGCGAUUGGCUCGUGAUAAGGACUUUAGUUUUAUAACAAAACAAAUAGUACUUUGGGCAGAAGGUAAUAUUUAUAUAGGUACCUCAAGAGAAAAUAAAAAGAGCCUGAAUAUGCUGCAUUUUGUUCCUUUAACAUUUUCCAUGUAGCAUUUGUUUGCUUUGUUAUUAUUUUUGUAGGUUACUAGCUACCUAUUUUUGCUUUGGGGGACCCUCGUUAGUCGUUUUCCGUCGAUCCCGGUGAAUUUUCCGUCGAUCCCGAUGGGUUUUCAGUCCAUCUUGUAGAACGCGGCGUCCUCGGUUUCACGCGGCCGUGCGGGACGGGGUUUGCCAGCAGGAAUAACGCGUCGGGAAACGGACGCCGCGAAAACAGACGAUGCGUGUUCCUCGUUCUGAAUAUCUCGUUGUCGCUCGUGCCGCUUUCUCGACUCUUUCCUCCAUCCUGAGCUUAUUAAGGGAGGGAAACCAAACGCACCAACGCGCCCCGUCGCUCCGUGUUUGCGGGCGACGGGGACGCGGUGCCGGUUUGGGCAGGAGCUGUUCCCCGUGCGGUCCCGUUCGCUGCUGUGAACGCGUCGUUUGCUUCUUAAUUGCCAUAAAAAUCUACAAAUACGCGGAUUUGGGGAGUUUCUUAGAUGAGAACUGUUGAAGGAAGCUUCAAAGGCUGUGAAACUGAGCAUUUAUUGUCAUGUUUGUUUUUUUUAAGCUUAGGUGGGUCCUUUUCCAAGUUUGUUUUACAGCUUGCAAGGUUAAAAUAGUUUGCACUACUUUUGCAAUAAACUCAUGAAAAAAAACCUAACAGUUUCUGUUUUGGUUUCUUACUGUAUAUAUAUAUACAACUAAUACUAAAGAUUUAGCGUAGUGUUUUUCACCUCAAAACGUUAAGACUUGUAACAGGCUCAGAAUCCUGUAAUUCCUGACAAAAUAAAAAAAAAGAAUGAUGUGAAUGAUAUUUUAUAAAGUUAUUUUGUAUGGUGUCAAUUUUGUUUUGCCUCAUAGUAUGUCAAUAAAAUACGAUUCCUCAUCUUUA